AUGGAUAUUUCCCAAGAUCCUGAAAAGGGCAAUGAUCGCUCUGCAUUAGAUUUAUGGGAACACAUUGCACAAGAAUAUAAACAAAUGCUACCGGCACACAUUUGUACGGAUCGAACUUCAAGAUCGUUGAAUAGUCGUUGGGCAAAUAUAUCAACAGCGAUUAGCAAACUAAGAGGGUGCAUUCAACAAAUAGAGAACAUGAACCCAAGUAGUGCAUCAGAAACAGAUAUUCUUAAUAGAGCAAAAGAGUUAGUAAAGCAAGAUCCCAAAUUCAAAGGCGGAUUUAAGUUUGAUCAUGUAUGGCCGAUUGUCAAAGACAUGCAGAAAUUUUGCAGAACUGGAAGCUUGCGAAAUGCUGGGGUCGAAAAAGAACUUUCAAAGGAUCACAAUCACAAUCUUUUGGAACCGAGAAGUCAAUAG